AUGAAGGUCUUCGCAUCGUUGCUUUUGCUCGCCCUUGCAGCCGUCGUGGCUGUCCAUGCCAAUGUCCAGCCCACCCCUGCUCCUCGCAUUGAGAAGAGGCAGUCUUUCGACCCCUACAACCUCUCGCAGUACACCGACCAGGGCGCGAUCUCUUCGCUUUCUGCCUACAUCAACUCGCAGUUCGGCGGUCUCGAAUCCAUGUCGCUUGGACCUGACAUGUCUUCCUACCUUGCUUCGCAGCGCAGCCAGGCUUACUCGUACCUCUCUCUCGCUUCUUCCAUCAUUGCCAACGGUGGUGCUAGCAAUACGAACCUCGGCUCCAUUCUUGGCUCGCUCACCGCCACUCAGACCGCUGGCGCUGGCAGCGCUCCCGGAAGUGGCAGUGGCAACGGUAGCGGUGGAUCGGCUGCUUCGGCUGCUUCAGCAACCAGCUCCAGGGCUCCCAACGCUGCUGUGGGUGCUUCGGCACAGAUGUCGAGUGUGAUGGCUGGCAUCGUCGUUUGUACUUUCAUCACUGCUUUGGCUGGUGCUUUCGCUCUCUAA